GUUAAGCAGCGAUAAAUGACAGGACGGACAGCCAUAUGUCAACAUGCACCGUUAAUACGGGCUAAUGGCAACGGCAGCCAUGUUUCCGAGAUCACGAAGGGGUCGGAGGUUAAAGGUCAUUACCCAGCAUCCACUGUCGGAAUACGCCGCCAUCUUGGAUCUGCGAGGGGAAGAGAAAUUAAUGCGGUGACAAACAGCAUGUUUAGUGCAAGAAAGAAGUUUUUAGAGGGGGUCGAAAGCGACUUCCCUGAUGAAAGCAUGUACUACGGCUCACAGUCGAUGUUUCCACAUCGAUCGGAGAAAGACAUGCUGGCGUCUCCAUCGCCUUCGUCAUCGGGUCAACUGUCCCAGCUUGGUGCAAGUUUAUAUGGACAGCAAAGUGCCCUCAGCUUCCCCAUGAGAAGCAUGAGCAGCAACAACCCUCAACUGAGCCGAAGUAUGACGCAGGGGAACCAGCUGCCGGGUCACGUCCCCCCUACGACGGCCGUGCCCACCCUGUCCCUGCACACGCCGCCCUCGCCCAGCAGGGGCAUCCUCCCCAUGAACACGAGGAACAUGAUGAACCACUCUCAGGUGAGCCAGGGCAUGGCAAUGACGGGCAGGACCAACAGCAUGGGCAGCUCGGGGCUGGGCAGCCCCAACAGGAGCUCCCCCAGCAUCAUCUGCAUGCCAAAGCAGCAGGGCUCCAGGCAGCCAUUCACCAUCAACAGCAUGUCUGGGUUCGGAAUGAACAGGAAUCAGGGAUUUGGGAUGAACAACUCGUUAUCGAGUAACAUCUUCAAUGGGACAGACGGUAGUGAAAACGUGACGGGCUUGGACCUCUCGGACUUUCCGGCGCUGGCGGACAGAAGUCGAAGGGAAGGCAGUGGCAACCCAACGCCGUUACUCAACCCACUGGCUGGGAGGGCUCCUUACGUUGGUAUGGUCACAAAACCGUCGAACGAGCAGUCCCAAGACUUUUCCAUCCACAAUGAGGACUUCCCUGCGUUGCCUGGUCCCAACUACAAGGACCCAACGUCGAACAACGAUGACAGCAAAUCUAAUUUGAACUCAUCAGGCAAGAAUUCCUCCAGCACAGACGGACCCAAGUUCCCAGGAGACAAGAGCUCAACGGCGCAGAACAAUAACCAGCAGAAGAAGGGGAUCCAGGUGUUACCUGAUGGUCGGGUAACGAACAUUCCCACUGGGAUGGUGACUGACCAGUUCGGGAUGAUCGGGUUGCUAACGUUCAUCCGGGCGGCAGAGACGGACCCGGGUAUGGUGCACUUGGCGUUGGGCAGUGACCUGACAACACUAGGACUGAACCUCAACUCCCCAGAGAAUCUGUACCCCAAGUUCGCAUCUCCGUGGGCGUCAGCCCCGUGUCGGCCUCAGGACAUCGACUUCCACGUUCCCUCGGAGUACCUGACCAACAUUCACAUAAGGGAUAAGCUGGCUGCAAUAAAGCUGUCGCGGUACGGUGAAGACCUGCUGUUCUACCUGUACUACAUGAAUGGAGGAGACCUUCUCCAGCUCCUGGCGGCCGUAGAGCUCUUUAACCGGGAUUGGCGGUACCACAAGGAGGAGCGGGUGUGGAUCACGCGGGCGCCCGGCAUGGAGCCCACGGUGAAGACCAACACCUAUGAGAGGGGGACGUACUACUUCUUCGAUUGUCUUAACUGGAGGAAGGUGGCUAAGGAGUUUCACCUUGAGUAUGACAAGCUGGAAGAGAGGCCACACGUGCCGUCGACCUUCAACUACAACCCAGCGCAGCAGGCCUUCUGAAGGACUUCCCCGUUCAUGGGGUAUGGCUGUCUGGGCCCGUCGCCCACCGACCCCCCCCCCCCCCAGGCCUCGGCGUGGCUCGGGCACCCUGGUUUUUAUUCCUCGAGGAUCUGGCAAUCGACUUUGACGGGGGGGGGGGGGGGGGGGGUCUUUGGGCUCCUGCCUUUUCCAAUUAUGUGCUGCCCAACACCACCAACACUCAUCUGACUGUCCUCCCUCAUGUCUCAUUUUUUUGUUUGUGUUUUUUUUUCCCUCCCACCCCGUUAAAAAGCAUGGCAGCUGUCAUACAGCGUGCUCUCUGUGCAGAACAAGGUUGACACUUAAGUUUCCAGUGUUAGGAGAAUAAUGGGGGGCAGGGGGUGGCGCAGCAACGAGCAAAGGGACAGGAAAGAAAACUUGUUUAUUGUAGCACUGUUCGCUAAUAAAAACACAAAUGUUUGUGCAUUUUUUAUGUGAAGACACUUUCCUGAGAUUUCAUUUUGAAAAGUAAGCAGCCUCUACUUUUGUCUUUCACCUCUCCCCCCUUUCUGAAAUGUCUCGUUACCCUCCUUUUUACUCCAUGCCCCCCCCACACCCGCCUCAUUGUUCAUGUGUUUCCCUGACAGAUUUUUGUCAGCCUAGGUUCAACGAGAAGGACUGUUUUAUCGAGCGUCACCGCCGCGCCCCCCCCCCCCCCCCCCCACCCCCCACGGGCUCGCGGUCUUCCUGCGCUUCGUUCCGGAUUGAGCGAAACACGGUCCAGCCUUUGUUACGAUUUUGUAAUAAACGUGUACAUUUUUUUAAUUUUUGGACAUCACAUGAGUAAAGAUAUGUAUGUACGAUUGUGUAUAUAUUAUAUAUAUAUAUGACAUCUAUUUUGGGGAAAAGCCCAUAAACCAGCCGUACCUCGUUUUUCGGAGGUGUGCACGGACGCAAUACGUGGACAAAACGGGACAUUUCUGGAGCUGCUGGAUGGGUGGGGGGGCGGGGGGGCUGGUGCCCUGCGCUCCUUCACUCCUUCGCUUUCCGAGACGGCGACAGAAACGCGAGGUUCGAAGGGCCAGACUUGCAGCGGAACGCGGACAUCCAUACCCAGGUGAACGACUCGGGAUCUGAGGAGAACUGAAGCAUUUCAUUCUGGCUGUUUUAAACGGCAGCAUUUCAUAGGAAAAUGAAAACCAAUAAAAAAAAAUGACGAUAAACAGAUCAAUCUUGUAUUUUCUGACCACGUUCCAGUUUCUUCUCUUUGUAAUAAAGUAGAAAGGCUUCUCCUGAA